AUGGCCCAGAAUGAAGAGUCUAUAAAGUCUUUGACGAAGUCUCCUAACUCCCAUUUGCCUUGUGUCACUUGUCCCGACAACUCGAUUUCCUCUUUUGAUCUACUAAAUUCCUACCGCUCCUCGGGCAAUAACCAAGCUGUCGUUUCAGCUGCCGCUGCUGCCAUUAUUCUUCAAGCUGCAGCCGAUAGUCAGAACCCCCGUAAGUCGAUGACCCUGCCAAGUGUUAGUCCGUUAUCAACAUCUGGCAUUAAACAGCGUUGUUCUUCUCCGUCUGAUGGAGAGAACACUGCUUCUGCCGCUGCCUCUCUCAUGUCACGGCCCCGUCAACACUCGCCGACAACCAGUUCAAAGAUUCAGGCCGCUCUUGUAAUGGCUAUGGCUGCAUCUUCUCCACCAUCAACCUGUCCUAGUUCCUCCUCUUCUGGCCACCAAGGCGAACAUGGAACCAAUGAUUUUCGCUCCGAUGCUCAGCCUCCUCUUGGAGCCUUUUUUCGCCCUCCACCGCCAACAGCUUAUGAGACAGUAGAUGGCGGAGGUAAUGGACCCGGUGAUGGAGGCUUCCAACCUCCCGGGUCUGGAAAUUUGCCGCCGUUUGUUCCAUUCACAAGUAGCUCUGCAGCUUCACCCGACAUGUCGGCCUCAGCUUGCCUCACCAAUGCCAUGCUUCUCCCUGCAAGCAUUGUUAAUGUUCUUGGACAACAAAUGCAAAGCAAUCAAUACCAUCAACCGCAGUCCCCGGCCUACCUCUCGACGAUCGGCAGCAACUCGGCCGGUGGCGGGUUCCCCCACCAGCCGCAGACGCCCGGAGGCGCGCCGCCGGGGCUCGGUGGUGCCGACGCGCAGGCUGCCGCCGCCGCCGCGGUGUUCCAGUCCGUGGCAGGCGGCAUCCCCGCCACUUCGCCCUCCAACACCGACGCCUCCCGCUACAGCGCGCCCUGUCGCAGUGGCUCCACUGCCCUGCACGAGGACAGCAACAACAAACGGGAACAACGCCUCCUAAAGAAUCGGUGA